GCGACCCUUGGUAAAGGUGGGUGACUGAGGCGUCUCACGCCAUUCCCCGCCCCAGUCAUUUAUAAGAUUCCGCAGGUCUUGACGACGGCGAGUCUGUUCGCCCUAGCCGGCAGCCAGCUUCCCUUUCCCCGAUCGCCUGCGCUGGCCAGCCUAGUCCAAAUAUCCGCUUUAGAGCAUUUGGGCUUGGGAGCCGUGGUCAGAGCGGCAGUGGCUUGUGCGCGUCUAUUAGGAGGCGCACGGUAGUGAUGGCGGCGCUCAGAGAGACUUUCCUGUCACUGGAUACUACUACUCCCAGCCCUCCUCGAAGCCGCCGGAGCAAACCCCUGGUCUUUAAUUUACGGGUGGCAAUUUGACUUGCUCUGCUGCAUGUCAGGUGGGACCGUGGAAAGUGCGGAGACGCCCCGCGGAUUAAGCGAUCGCAGUUUAAGAAGAAAAAAAGCCAAACAAAUAAACAAAACCCACCCACCCUAACAAACAUGAGGCUGUUGGAGAGAAUGAGAAAAGAAUGGUUCAUGGUUGGAAUAGUCCUGGCGAUCGCCGGAGCAAAGCUGGAGCCGUCCAUAGGGGUGAAUGGGGGACCACUGAAGCCAGAAAUAACCGUCUCCUACAUUGCUGUUGCAACAAUAUUCUUUAACAGUGGACUCUCAUUAAAUACAGAGGAGCUGACCAGUGCUUUGGUGCAUUUAAAACUGCAUCUUUUUAUUCAGAUCUUUACACUUGCAUUCUUCCCAGCAACAAUAUGGCUUUUUCUUCAGCUCUUAUCAAUCACACCCAUCAAUGAAUGGCUUUUAAAAGGUUUGCAGACAGUAGGUUGCAUGCCUCCCCCUGUGUCCUCUGCAGUGAUUUUAACCAAGGCGGUUGGUGGAAAUGAGGGCAUCGUUGUCACACCCCUGCUACUGCUGCUGUUUCUUGGCUCAUCCUCUUCUGUGCCUUUUACGUCCAUUUUUUCUCAGCUUUUUAUGACUGUUGUGGUUCCUCUCAUUAUUGGACAGGUCGUCCGAAGAUACAUCAAGGACUGGCUUGAAAGGAAGAAACCUCCUUUUGGUGCUAUCAGCAGCAGUGUGCUCCUCAUGAUCAUCUACACGACAUUCUGUGACACGUUCUCCAACCCAAAUAUUGACCUGGAUAAAUUCAGCCUUAUCCUCAUCCUGUUCAUAAUAUGUUCUAUUCAGCUGAGUUUUAUGCUUUUAACCUUCAUCUUUUCAACAAGGAAUAAUUCGAGUUUCACGCCAGCAGACACCGUGGCUAUCAUUUUCUGUUCCACACACAAAUCCCUCACAUUGGGGAUUCCGAUGCUGAAGAUCGUGUUUGCCGGCCAUGAGCACCUCUCUUUAAUAGCCGUCCCCUUGCUCAUCUACCACCCAGUGCAGAUCCUUCUGGGAAGUGUGUUGGUGCCAACAAUUAAGUCUUGGAUGGUGUCAAGGCAGAAGGGAGUGAAGUUGACGAGGCCAACAGUAUAACGCAGGAAGCACUCUUCACGCGGCGAUGUAUAUAUGUACAGGAUUGUACAGACACACUGUUCCGAAGACUUGUAUUUGUGAAUGUUGCUUCGAUGCAUAUUUUAUUUUUUUACACAAAAAUAUGAUAUAACUGUUUAAGUGCCUUAAAAUGUACUUGACGAGAGCGUUAUUCACAAGACCUACUUUGUGGGUUCCUGCCAGGGGUGGUACAGUAUUUUGGAGUUGUUUCUUUUUUUUUUUUUUCCUAAGGCAGGAAAUAGUCAUCAUAGGUGACAAAAAGCAAACAUGCUUUCCUUGUACCACCUUCCGUGCAAUGCAGCUCUCUCCUAGUUACUGUACUGUUCGAAAUGAGGUCGCAGCAUCAGGAAAAUGCCCUUCUUGUGACAGUGAAAAUUUCCAAAGUCUUAUUCACGAAUACUUUGAUUUACCAUGCGAUUCUUUUUUUCUGCAACUGUGACAUGCCUCUUCCUUAUCAACCCAGCAGGGGUCAUAGAUUGGAUAGAUGCUGAAAAGCAUAAGUUAUCUGCAUUUCUUGACAUCACUUUUUAAGACAUUCCUUCAAAUAGUUUCCACACAGAAAUUCCUCAAUUCCAUUAUAAGAGAUUGCUAUAUGUCUGAAAUUUGUUAUAAGCUGCUUCACAGAAAGGGUCUGAUGUUUGAGUUACGAGUAAAAGUUAUGAGUAAAGUUUUAAGAUAAAUUGCAGGGUUUGGGUUUCAGGAUUUUCAAGAUUAUAUUUCAAAUGUUUUUCCUUUUUCUUCCAUAAUUUCUUUCUUACCUGUUUUCAAACACCCUUGCAAACUCGUAACAGCCAAAUGUGAGACACAAAAAUGUCACAGUCAGUUUGAAAGCAGCAACAUUAGUGAUGGAUUAUGUUCACAGCCCGCAACUGAGACCAGAGUGUUUCUCCUGUUACACGGAGGUGCUGAGUGUGAUCUCCCCUCUAAGCCGGAAGCAGCCUGUUACGUACCUUGAAUUAAGCACACUUAAGGCAUUUGGGACAAGUUAUUAAGGAGCAUUUCCUUGGCAGAUUUGACAAAUGUUUGCAACACUUUCUUAAAAAAAAAAUCACAUCGCUCUCAUGAAGAAAUGAAAAUAUAAAGUCAUAGAUGCAAACAAAUGUUACAGACACACAUUCUGUUUAGCUAGAUGGAACGAAAAAUAGACACAGAAAAUGCAAAACCAUUCAUGAACCAAAAUAUCAAGCCAAAUUAGUUCCCAGUUGGGCAUCAGCUUUCCACAGAGUAUUCAAUGUCUGCUUCUACUGUAGCUGGAAGAGCUUUCACGACCCAAAUAGAGAGGGAACAAAAGAGCAAUAUAUAGAAAUAAGGGAACACUGUUUCCUGCACACCAUUCUGUCACAGCCCGUCUACGUGUCUUUUCUUGAUUUGACAGAUGAUAUUGGCAUCCCAGGUCACACGGAGGCCACCCGUACAUCUUCAGCAGCUAUUUUGUUGUUUUCUCGACAAAAAAAAAACCGCAUCUUAAAAACUUACCAAGUUUAUCAGUAGCAUAAAUGCACAUGAUUACUCCCAGCUCUCAUCUUGUGUUGCUUCUGACUUAUUUCCAUGUCAUCGAGCCUCCUAAAUCCCACAAGAGUUAGCCUCGGUGUAAGUCUGAAGGCGAGUGCCAGACCCUGCAAAAAUCUCUGCUCAGCAGGCUUGUUUGUCAUGAAUUCCUAUUGUCAGGAUUUCACUUGCAUCUACAACUACAGUAGUUUUGCUCGAUUCUUUUGAUACUUAACAUAUGGAGCACAGAAAGGUGUUCAUGUUUUGUUCCUACAGGCUUCUUUGAAUUUCAGAAUAAAUGGAAUUGUCUGUCUGAGCUAUCAUAAAAAUCUCCUCCCUAGCAUUAGAAUACUGAUUGUUUCCCCCCCCCUAACUUAUCUACCUCUAUUAUCUGACACCUCCAGUAGGUGUGAUUAUGGGAUAAAAUUCAACCGAAAAUGCUAUAAUGUUCUGUCUCUUGCUUUAAAACAAUGUGUUUUGUUUUCAAAUAAUCUUCUUUACAUAGUGAAUUUUGGUGGCUCUAUUGAUAUGUUUAUGCCUGUUUCUCUUUUUACACAAAUACUGUGUGUAUUUUUCCAUAAAGAGCAAAAAAUAAAUAAAAUCAAAAUUUAUUUUUAAUUCAUGCUUACUGAGAUUUAAUUAUUCAUAUCUCAGGACAUGUCCUUAUCUUUACACACUAUUUUAUGCAUUUGUUUUGUCUAAAUGUAUUUAUGAAAGAAAUAGAUUAUAUUUAUGUUUGUUCAUUUUUCCACCUGGAUUUUUUUUUUUUUAAAUGGUUGUUACGAAAUUUGAUUUUUUUGAAUGGGUGUUCAUGUUCAUCUUUUCAUAUGCUCUUUUCUAAGUUUUAAAAUUUUGUGGGUUUUUCUGUUGAAUUCUUCCUUAUUCUGGUUAAAACUAACACACCUCUGGCUAAUGUUCAGUGUUUAUUUAUGCUAAAUACCAAAUUUUUUCAAAAGGGUUGGUGAAAUAAUGAAGUGGAUUAUUUAUGAUGAAUGGAAGAUAAAAAUAAUUCUGUGAUUAAACAGAGAUGUUUCAGAAAUCA